AUAAUCUCACACCAAGUCACCAAGACACCAACCACUCUCUUCCCUCUUUCGUUUUCGCUCUCACAUUCCAAAAUCCAAAUUCCAAAUUCCAAAUGGAAACUGAAAUCGUCUCAGAGUUCCUUCCUUUCGGUCGUAUUUACAAAGACGGUCGCGUGGAGCGUCUCACCGGCACCGAAAUCAUCCCUCCUUCACUAGACGCAACAAACGACGUCGUCUCAAAGGACGUCGUAUACUCCACGGGACAUAACCUCUCCGUCCGCCUCUUCCUCCCUCACAAAUCCACCGACAACAAGCUCCCUCUGCUAAUCUACAUCCACGGCGGCGCUUGGAUCAUCGAGUCACCUUUCUCCCCCCUCUACCACAACUACGUCGCGGAACUCGUCAAGUCCGCAAACUGCCUCGCCGUCUCGAUCCAGUACCGCCGCGCGCCGGAGCACCCGAUCCCGGCGGCGUACGAGGAUUCUUGGUCGGCGAUUCAGUGGGUCUUCUCCCACGCCGAUGGAUCCGGUCCCGAAGAGUGGAUCAACGAGCGCGCGGAUUUCGGGAGAGUUUUCAUCGGCGGAGACAGCGCCGGAGCCAACAUGUCUCACCACAUGGCGAUGAGAGCGGGUAGGGAGAAGCUUGAUCCGAGGAUCAAAGGUGUUGCGAUUGUCCAUCCAGCUUUCUGGGGGACGGAUCCUGUCGACGAGCACGACGUGCAAGACGCUGAGACGAGAAGCGGGAUCGCUGAGGUUUGGGAGAAGAUCGCUAGUCCGAACAGCGUGAACGGGACGGAUGAUCCGUUGUUUAACGUGGUUGGAUCCGACUCGGAUUUUUCCGGGUUGGGAUGUGAGAAGGUUUUGGUUGCGGUGGCGGGGAAAGAUGUGUUUGUGCGACAAGGUUUGGGUUACGCGACGAAGCUGAAGAAGAGUGGGUGGGGAGGAGAUGUGGAGGUGGUUGUGGAGGAGGAGGAAGGACAUGUGUUCCAUCUGCAGAACCCUAACUCUGAGAGUGCUUUGAGAUUCUUGGAUAGGUUUGUCGAGUUUAUAACCGACGGUUCAAAUGGUGAUGAUUUGUGAACGUUCUUUGAUGAUAAUAGUAUAAUUUACCUGUGUUGGAUAAA